AUGGAUAGCCCCGUGCCGCGGCCGCCUGCGGUCCGUGCACAAAACGUGGGCAAUGCGGAUUCGACCUGGUCGGACCCGGAGGAUCGAGUGGAGGAGCUGGGCAGAUUGGUGCAGGGAAUCGAGCCGAAACGCGGCCCACGCGGCGAACCGGGCGAACGUGGCGAACGCGGCGUUCCCUUGGUGAAAUGGCUGGGGAUUACCUGCUAUCAAAUGUUUUAUGUUUGCCUCAACACUGGGAUGGGAGUCAUCGUCCUUCCCUUGGAGGCUGCUCGCUUUCAUCAGGAGAACCCCAGUAUAUGGGUUGGGGUUUACAUGGGUGUAAGUGGCUCCACACAGCUUAUUUGCCCUGUGAUUGGCAAAAUCUCAGAUCAGCAUCGCUCUUCUUGGGGCAAAAGACGUCCAUUUAUCUUGAGUGGCUCCUUCUUAGCAGUGCUCGGCCUUCUUGCAAUGUGGGGUGCCAGCAAGUACUUGCUCCCUGCAUUUUUUCUCAUCUCGCUGCUCCUUCUUCAAUUGGCUGUGAAUGGUGUCUACGCUGCGCAGUGCGGCUUACCUGCAGACUUUCUGUCAGUUGGUUCAGAAGGAUCGGAGAAAUCCGUCGUCAGCGGACUGGUUGCUAUGUACACGUUUUUGGGCUCCUUGACGGCAAUGACCAUCAUAAUCCUAACCAGCACUGCACCCAUACAAGUCCACUACGGGAUCUACACUGCUGCCAUCUCUCUCGCGUGUGCGGUGAUAUGUUGCUCUGCUACCGAAUCUUCUUCCUUGGGCUCUGCAUCCACAACGCUCACCUUCACUGAGCUACGAAGGACAUAUGUGAUUGAUGUGUCGAAGGACGCAGACUUCUUCUGGGUUUGCGCCGGACGCAUGUGCUACUACAUGUCAACCUCAGUGGCUACCUUCAUGUACUUCUAUUUCCGAGAUAUGCUGCAUGUCGAGGAGGAGGCACGGUGCAAAGCAGUCAUUGGCAGUUUGGCGAUUUUGAUGCAAUGCGUGGGUAUGGCAACAAGCCUGCCCCUUGGGAGGCUUUCAAAUCGAUUGGGGCGAAAGCCGAUGAUCUACCUUUCUUGUAUGUUCAUGGUUUGCACCUUCAUUUUGUAUAUCCUCGCUCCGCUUGUGCCUAGCCUGUCCUGGCCUGCUGUAGUUGCCGCGGCCGUGUUCUAUGGUAUCGGAUCCGGAGCAUACCUUAGCGUGGACUAUGCAUUAGCCUUGGAUUGCUUGCCGGAAGGCAAGACGUCUGCGGAAGCUCUUGGACUCUGGGGAGUGGUCGGAUUUUUCGGCUCGACUUUGGGUCCGAUCCUGGGUGGCUAUUUGCUUUCCUUGGCCCAAGGGGCUAAGGUUGCUGUGUCAGACAAGGUCUCAGACAGCACUACGGGAUCAUAUCCGUUCAUGGGCUACGCUUUGAUCAUGCUGGUCCUGGGUUGUUUCAUGAAUUUCCUGGUCAUUGUGAUGACCACUCGAAUCCGAGGCGUGCGGUGA